AUGGCUAUUCAGCUGCCUCAAGAAGAGCUAGGCACAGCUAUAGGAGUACUUUCUUACUCCUUGUUCUGCCUAGCAUGCAGUGUUCUCAUGGCAUGGCUGGUGUAUGCCCAUCGUGAAGGCCUUAGCUAUGUCGCCCUGGUAUCAUACUUCACUGGUUUGUCGACGGCUGCUUCUGUAGCCCAGCAAAUUCACACAAUUGUACGAUGGAGAGACAUCAAGCUUGCACAAUUCAAGCAUUCAAACGCCAACGUCGGCAAUCCUGAGCUUGCCAUCGCCGGCCAGUCAACUGGCCUGGACCUGGUACUUUUCUAUAUCCAGUUUUACAGUUACAACGUCGAAGCGGCCCUGACCUUUUUUUGGGCAGUUGCUCUCACGCAAUCGAUCUUCCAAUUGGAGCCCGUAAAGUCGACUCGCAAACGAGUAAACUACUUCGAAAAAGCCAUUGCUAUCUUGUUACCCGCGAUCUUGAUGGGAAUUCUAAGACUCGAGGCUGUCCAGAAGCAGACAGUACCCUUUCUAGUGUUGGCUGAUGGCAUCAUGGGUUUCUGUCUGAGCGGCAGCGGAGUUCUCCUCAUGGUUAUUUUGGUCAAAUACAUCCACACGCGCCGAAACCUUCUUUCUUGGAAUGUCCAAUAUGGUCAACGCUCCAACAGCACGAAAAGCAGCGACACGCUCGUCUUCGACAGCGGAAGCGAAACGCGCCGCCGAAUUUCAUCCGCAAAACAAAAUUCUCGCGACUCGUUGAGCGAGAGCCCGGACCUCAGCACGGAACGACUGCAUCUGGACCUCAUACUUUUUCUGCCCGGCGUGUCCGCUAGCCUGCUGACGUUUGUCGUUUUUGGCACGACCAAGACGUUUCGAGAUUACCUGGUGGCACGGCUCGUUCCGAGGCGGCUCCGCGAGAGGAAUAGUAGGAGGAUGAGCAACAAUAAGCAGCGACGCAACACCCGCACCCGGAUGUCACAAGCGUUUUCUUCUUCGAGGAUGGGGGGAAGGGGCAGGAGCUUGACGUAUCCGCCGCGGAUCUCCCUGACGCCCUACGUCGCGGAUGACGCCGGCUUGUACACGCCCACGGCUGACGGGAACGGGAUUCAGCUGAGGGAGCUGAAUAUGGACGGGUCGAGAAAGGUCGCCGAGGACGACCAGUGGCCGCUCGUUGGUUCUGAUGCGUCUGAUACGUCCGAGGGGCCUGCGAAACCUGUGAAUGUGUAUUUGUACCCGAAGCAAUAG